CGUGAUAAAUCGGUCGCAGUCUCGAGGGAGGCGAGAGAAUAACCGAAAGUAGAGUGAUAGCCGGCGGGGGCUCAGCCGCUCCUCCAGUGUGUUGCCGCCUUUACUCGCCGCAGCUCGCGUGCCACCGCACUUUCCAACGCACCGCGCAACUUACGAUUCUUUUGUCACAAAAAAUAAAACAGUUCGAAAUUCAAACAACAAAAGAAGUAAAACUUUAUCGUGCCAGUUAAAGAAAUUGAAGAUGCUCAGAUGAAUAUUAAAUCUUGAAGGUUUUUUUGCAAGCGAUCCCUAGUUAUCGUUCCAGGUGUACUAGGAGUGCAUGGGAGGGCAGGAUGCGUGCCCCGUUGUGUGUGUUACUCGUCGCCGCCUGCGUACUGGCCAAUCAGACUAAUGGAAAUGAAGAAAGGGGUACCAAAUUGCCAUAUGUCGCGGACGCCGUCGGAAACGAGUUACCGAGACCAUCAAGCCUGCCAGCUACCGUUGGAAGUCCAGUGAACUUACUCACACCAGACCGAUACGAAUUCUAUACCUUUGAUGAAUCUGGCGAACUCGUUAAGAGACUCAUGACUUUGGAAGAAAUCCAAGCCAUAGUCGCAGCAGGUGAAGAAGCAGAAGGCUUGGUUACUUUCGCCAAUGAAAACCAGCCGACUAUUGCCUUUAACUUCAGUCAACCACCUUACACUAAAGUUCACAAUGUCGUUACUAAUGUUCAAAAUGUACUCAAAGCACAAAUGGAAGCACACAAAAAUAAACCACAUUUUCAACCUACACUUGAUACACCAGAUGUUUCAGACUCAUGGAGUUUAAUAUUGCCAUCAAUAUUUGGUAACACAGGUGUUGAUAUUGGUCCAGACAAAAUACAAAAUACAGGUACAUUUACUACACCAGAAACUGAAACAAUUGUAUUAGAUCACACAAAUAAUGUGGACGAAAGUUAUUUGAGCAAGGAAGCAAAUAAUAAUAUUAUUACAAGUAGUACAGUAACAGAAGAAGAGUUAAAGUCUGUUCCAAUAACAGAAAAAAUAAAUAAAAUAGAAGCAGCCACAAUUAUAACAACUACUACUACUAUCACACCUAAACCGAUUACUCAAAGAUCUACAACUACCAGUACAACAACAACAACGAGAAGACCAAUGACUACUAAAAAGCUGACAACAUUUACAAGGCCAAUAACUACUUCUUCUACAACAACAAAAACACCACCAGUGCGGGUAACAUCAUCUACUACUAAAGCGCCAAGCACAACAAGAGCAUCUACCAUAACAAGUACUCCUAGAGUAUCAAGUACCACAAGAGUGCAAACUACGACAAAUAUACCAAGCGGAAUAAGAUCAAAACCAACCACAAUCAUAACUUCUACUAAGAAACUAGCUACAACAACUAAGAAUAAGCCGACUUUAACCACUGCUCUUCCUAAAACUACAUCUACUACAUUAAAAACAACAACUACGACUACUGCUACACCGAUUACUACUACUUUAUCUUCAAAACCGACAUCUAAGACUGUUAAACCAAUUACGACACAAAAAAUAACGGAAGAUAUUGUUAAAUCAAAUCAAGUGCAUUCUGAACCGUCAACAACUGAACCAAGUCUAAUACAAUAUGAGAAAAUUAGUACAUUUCUCCCUGUAUCUACUUUAGGAUAUGUAACAGAAAAAAGUACAUCUCGUUAUACAACACCAGUGGAAACAACUGAUAGCACUACUAAAGUCUCAUUAGUAUCUACAGAUUAUCCAACAUCUAUAACUGAGACGAAAUUGCUACCUCAUUUUAUUUAUUCAACACCACCUACCAGUAACUUCAUCUUUAUUUUACCUUCUACACAAAAGCCAAAUGAUGAAAUUGACAGAGAAAAAUCAAAUUCAACCACAAUAACUACCCAAUCCGUAUCGCCAUCAACAACAAUUUCUUCCACAGAAUUUUUAUCGAGUGAAAAGGUUUCUAUGCAGCAAUAUGUAACUGAAAAAACAAAUGCAGAAGACGUUGAAAACGAACCCAUCAUUCCAUUAUUUGACGUGGCUCAAAGUAUUAGCCAAAUUGCAUCAGAUCUCGGAAACCACUAUCGACCUAUUCCUACUUCGAGUAAUUUACUGGAUAUCACAAAAACUAAUAGUAUUGGUUUAGAAAGCAAAGAAAAUUUUGAAAUUGAUAUUCCUGGUGAUUCGUCUAAUAAUACUAAUGAACAGCCUUUAAAUAAUGCAACUAAUAAUAAUGACCUCAAUUUUAUUAAAAUUUCAACUUUAGAUCCUCAUACAUCCAACAUGAAGAACGACACAGAAGAAAUAAUAAUAAAAGAUGCAAAUUUCAACAAGAAUAUUACAAAUCAAUUUGAAUCAACCACAUCAACAGUUUCUGAAAAAAAUUCGACUGAUCCAUUUUUAUCAGAAUCCAUGAGUGAUAUAAUGUCCCAAGUUGUGGAUAAUAGUCCUCAAACAAUUGAAACUUCAGAAAGAACUUCUACAGAAAAUAUUAAAAUAAUAACCAAGUCUGAAACUAGUACAGAUGUACCAAAUAUUUCUUCUACAAGUAGUGUAAUAUUGAAAUCUGAAAAAGAGAAUCAUUUAUCAGAUAAUAAGUCUGACAUUUCAAUUACUCAAGAAAUCGAUAAACCAAAUAAAGAUAUCGAAAAUAAAACUAUAGUUACUACCAGGCUUCAAGAUACCAAUAUUUUGCAAGACAAAAAUAUAUCCAGGAAGCAAGAAAAUGCUCAAAUUUCAGCGAUAAAUGAAAAAAAUGUCUCUUCUUUGCUCAUACCCGCAAUUUUGAGUUUAGAAAAAGUUAGCAAUUUCAAUAAGACACAAAAUGAUAAUAUAUCUAUAAUAGAAAAUAAGAUUAACGAAAAUGUAGUCAAUAACUACACACAAACAACUGAAUCACCAUCAAAAGCAAAUUUUAUUACCCAUUCUUCUACAACUGCAGAUAAAAUUGAAACUACUACACAUGUUACUAAUGCACCUAUUCGAAACAAGUUUGAUACGGCCGAUACCAUCAAUAAACUGAACAAGGAGAAGAUAAAAUUACCUGAAUUUCAACCUAAAAUAGAUGAUUUUAAAAAGAAAAUUCAAAAAGUUAAUAUUGAUGAUAAAGAAUUUGCUGCAGAGCGUAAUAAUUCGUGGAAACUCAUUUCAACGGUUAUUCCUCCUAAAACCAAUGAUAUUCCAAAAGAUAAAAUUAAAGAGAAUUCUGCGGAUAAUAGUGGUAAUAAAGAUAUAGUACUAGAACUUUCAAAGGAAAAUCAAGGACUUGAAGUUACUUCUAAAGAUUUGGGAGAAGAUAUUGCACAGUUUAUAGAAUUAUGUAACGAAUUAGCGUUCAGAUAUUGGAAUGUGAUCAUUGAAAAUAUAGAUAAGAGAAGAAGUUUUGUUCUAUCGCCAUAUUCUAUAACAUCAAUGUUAGCCAUGAUAUUUAUGGGAGCGAGAGGUGCUACAUCAGGAGAAAUGAAUGAAGUAUUGAAACUUGAUGACAUGGUGACUUUUAAUCCUCAUUUCACAUUAAAAAAUAUAUCAGAUUCUAUUUUAACUUCUCAAGAAACAGGUAUUAGCGUAUCUGCCUUCAUAAGAGAACUUUACAUUGAUAAAAAUAAGGGGAAAGUUUUGAGUUUUUAUAAAAACCGAGCACAACAAUUUUAUAAUGGACACGUUGAUGAGAUUGAUUUCAAUUUGAUUGGAGAUAAGAUAAGAAGACGGACAAACUUGCUUGUGAAAAGAUACACUUUUGGAAAAAUGUCUGAAUAUAUAAAAUCAAGCACAAUAAAUAUGGAACCUCCAUUGGCAGCGUUUUCUGCAAAUAUUUUUGAGACGGAUUGUUCAGGAUCGUCGGUUGAAGGCAGAGACGGAGAAAUGUAUUUCGUUGUAUCACCAAAUGUUCGGCAAAGGCGAUUGGUGCCCGUGCCAGCUGUAGUGUACAGAAACAAUUUCCUGGCUGGAUACGACCCGAUCCUCGACGCUACUGCUGCCGCAUUAGGGAACACCAACUCCAUCGUCAGCACAUUAUUCCUCAUGCCAGGUCAACAAGGCAACGUCGUUCAUUCUGCGGAUCUAGAGGCUCUAGAGAAACGAAUAUUAAAUGCUAAUCCAUCUGCACCUGCUUGGAAUCGUUUACUGCGCACACUACUUCCUCGAAUGGGCUUAGAACUUCAGAUUCCAAGAUUUUCUCACAAAUCCGUAUUCAACGUUUCGUCCACAUUACGAGCAAUGGGAUUGAAAGAUUUAUUCGAUCAAGAGCAUGCUGAUUUGGGUGGACUUAUUGGGCCGUCUAAAGAUCUUUACUUGUCGGACAUGAUUCAGUCUACCACAUUUGUAACUUGUGGGGAAGGUAUGGUAGCGGAGCAGCACCACGUGGAGGAAUAUCCUGAGAGCUUGGAACCAGCAGCGAGACGGCGAUCGUCACGAUGGGCCCAUGAUUGGGACGAGCCCAGGGAUUACCAGAGGGCGUUCCACGAUCCCCACGAUGUCGGAGACGCCAUGCAUUUGCCUUUACAUCUAAGGCCUCGGCAAGCUCGAUUACCAUCCAGAAAUGCCCAACCGGCUCGAUUAAAAUUCGACCGACCGUUCCUAUACUUUGUGAGGCACAAUCCCUCCGGCAUGAUCCUGUAUGUCGGACGGUACAAUCCACGACUAUUGCCUUGAAUUAUCGUAAAAAGACUGUUAAUUUAGUGUAAUUAAUUCCUAAAAGGAAAGUGAUAAGGAAUAUACUGGCGCGUGUGAUAUAGAUGAAUGUGUUGAUCAAUGAGCGUUUACGUGACAGUAUUAAUUUUAAGAAUAUCGGUACAGUUACAUUCGGUAAAAAGAGUGCCGAAUGUGCCACGUAACCAUAUCUUAAUUUCAUAUCAAAAUGUGUGUGUACAAAAUGAUAUAAAUCAUCAUUGAAUGUCUGCGUAGGUAAUAAGAUAGUUCGUAGGUAGUUUGUUUGGGAAACAUUGUCGUCUUCUCCACUAUAGAAUCUUAGAAUAAAUUGAUGUUUUCUGUAAAACAAA